ACGUUUUACGCCAAAAUGCUCGACCACGAAUACACGAGCAAGGAGAUCUUCCAGAACAACUUCUUCCACGACUGGAGGAAGGAGAUGACCUCGGAGGAGCAGGAGAUAAUCCAGGACCUGGCCAAGUGUGACUUCAGUGAGAUCCACAAGUACUUCGUGGACAAAAGCGAGGCCCGGAAGGCGCUCCCCAAGGAGGAGAAGCAGCUGAAGGAGGAGGCAGACAAGAUCCAGGAGGAAUACGGGUACUGCAUCCUGGACGGGCACCGCGAGAAGAUCGGCAACUUCAAAACGGAGCCGCCGGGGCUGUUCCGGGGCCGUGGCGACCACCCCAAGAUGGGGAUGCUGAAGAAGAGGAUCAUGCCAGAAGAUGUUGUCAUCAACUGCAGCAAGGAUUCCAAGAUUCCCGAGCCCCCCGAAGGUCACAAGUGGAAGGAGGUUCGCUUUGACAACACGGUCACCUGGUUGGCCUCGUGGACCGAGAACAUCCAGAACACCCUCAAGUACAUCAUGCUGAACCCCAGCUCCAAGCUGAAGGGGGAGAAGGACUGGCAGAAGUACGAGGUCGCUCGGCGCUUGAAGGACGUGGUCCAUGAAAUCCGGGCCCGGUACCGAGCGGAUUGGAAAUCCAAGGAGAUGAGGAACAGGCAAAGAGCAGUGGCCCUCUACUUCAUUGAUAAGCUGGCCCUGCGAGCCGGGAACGAGAAGGAGGAAGGGGAGACGGCGGACACGGUCGGCUGCUGCUCCCUGCGCGUGGAGCACGUGCGGCUGCACCCCCGGCUGGACGGGCAGGAGCACGUGGUGGAGCUGGACUUCCUCGGGAAGGAUUCCAUCCGCUACUACAACAGGGUGGCGGUGGAGAAGCAGGUCUUCAAGAACCUGCAGCUGUUCAUGAAGAACAAGGACCCCUCUGAUGACCUCUUUGACAGCCUCAAUACAAGCUUCCUGAACAAACAUCUCCAGCACCUCAUGGAUGGUUUGACGGCCAAGGUGUUCCGGACCUACAACGCCUCCAUCACCCUGCAGGAGCAGCUCAAGGCACUCACCAACCCUGAAGACAACGUUGCUGGGAAGCUCCUCUCCUACAACCGAGCCAACCGCGCCGUGGCCGUGCUGUGCAACCAUCAGAGGUCCGUGCCCAAAACCUUUGCCAAAUCCAUGGAAAUCCUGCAGACCAAGAUCGAUGCCAAGAAGAAGCAGGUGGAGGAAGCCCAGCAAGAGCUGCAAAAAGCUGAAGAGGAGUUGGAAGACACAAAAGAUGCCAAAGCAGAGGCGAACGUGGAGAAGAAGAAGAAGCUGCUGAAGAGGCUGGAGGAGCAGCUGGCCAGGCUGAAUGUCCAGGCCACAGACAAGGAGGAGAACAAGCAGAUAGCUCUGGGUACUUCCAAGCUCAAUUACCUGGAUCCCAGGAUUAGCAUUGCUUGGUGCAAGAAGUUCGGGGUGCCCAUCGAGAAGAUCUACAACAAGACCCAGAGGGAGAAGUUUGCCUGGGCCAUCGCCAUGGCCGACGAGGACUUUGAGUUCUGAGCUCACUUCCACCUCCAACCCUUCAAUCCUGCCCAUCUGGUGCUGUUGGAAAGCUUUGUUCAUUUUUUUCCCUGGUCCUGCAGGGGCUGAGGGGUUGUCCAGGAGAAGAAUUUGAUGCCUUCUUGUGGACAAAAUGUUUUGCUGAUCGUGCCACUCCACCCUGAGUGACUUGGAGGGAAUUCCUGAUUCCUCCUCGGAGCUGCCAAGUGCUUGGGAUUUUAUUUUCCUCUUUUUUUUUUU